AUGCCUUCGCUGUGGGAUAUCAUUACAUCUUCGCUCAAAUCAUUCUCCACCAUGCCGCAAAGAGCCGCGCUGGAGAAGCCACGGGCCCUGCCAACGAGUGGCUACACCACUGUCGAUGCCGACACGCUGGUUGAAGAGGAGGAGUUGCCUGAUUAUCAAGCCGACCGAUUUUAUCCCGUUCAACUGGGCGAGCUUUUUCAAGAUCGCUAUCAAUUUGUGGCAAAGCUGGGGUUUGGUUCCUCGUCGACCACUUGGCUGGCCCGAGACCUGAGGGAUCGCCAAUAUGUCGCACUUAAAGUAUACGUCCAUACCUCGCUUCGUCAUCGGGAAUUGCCUGUUUAUGACCGUAUCAAUAGUCGUAUGGCCGAAAUAUCAUACAAAGUGCGAGGAAUAAACAACAUUCGAAAGCUGCUGGACUCUUUUGAGGUGACUGGUCCGCAUGGCAAGCAUACUGUUCUUGUCUUCGAGCCCGCGCAAAUGAGUUUGCGUGAUAUGAGAUUUGUCUUUCGUCGAGAAGGGUUCGAGGAGGAAUUUGUCAAGGGCGCCAUUAUUGAGCUUCUCAAGGCCCUGGACUUUUUGCAUUCCCACGGAGAGAUUGUUCAUACUGACGUACACUCCGGCAACAUGCUGCUUGGCCUUUACGACAAUAAUCUCCUGCGUCGACUGGAAGACAAGGAGAUGGCGUCCCCUGUUACGCGAAAGAUUUAUCCCGAUCGAACUAUCUACCUGUCACGGUUAACACUACCGAAGGAAGGACCCAUGCUUCUCUCUGACUUUGGAGAAGCGAGAAUCGGACCGGGCCCUCACGCAGGCGAUAUAAUGCCAUUGGAGUACCGGGCACCUGAAACACUGCUUUAUGUGGGAUGGAGUUACCCGGUUGAUAUAUGGAGUGUUGGUCUUACAGCAUGGGACAUGCUUGGAUCGAAAAGACUCUUCACCGCGCGUGACGAAGACGGCGAUCUGUACGAUGCUGCUCAUCUGGCCCAGCUGAUUGCUGCACUGGGCCCACCGCCCCCUGAGUUCCUGGCCAGGAAUCCGGAGAGACGGGCGGACUUUUGGAAUGAUCGGAAUGAGUGGCUGGGUCUGGCACCUAUACCGCAUGACCGGACAAUCGAAUCCCUUGAAACCAAACUGGAUGAUAACUCGGGCUUUCUUCGCUUCCUUCGGAAGACUCUUACUUGGGAACCGGAGAAGAGGGCGACGGCUAAGGAGCUUUUGGAGGAUCCUUGGCUCAUGGGGAGGGAGGGUUGA